AUGAAGGGUGCUAGACACUAUUUUAUGAGUCAAGAGAGAGAAACUCCCGUUGACCAAGAUAUUCCUUAUAUUAAGUACCCUUUGGUGACUAAAGAACAGAUGAAAAGGAUAACGAACGACAAAUUCAAGUUUGACUUUGCGUACACCUCAUAUGCACAUCAUAGUACGGAUAGUGAUCCAAUGAUCCAUUCACUUUCAGACUUGACAGAGCCCACACAAUUAACUUCGUUAUUACCAAGGAGGAGACCACAUGGGUCUCCAUCUGAUACGUUGUCUAUCAAGGCAGGAGAUGAUGCAAUGUUGGUAUCACCCACAGUGUUGGCCAUCGCCGAUGGGGUUUCAGGAUGGGAGAGUAAAGGAAAACACUGUUCUUCAGGAAUCUGGUCGAGAUCGAUGGUAGAGACUUUGAGUAGACUUAUGACUGAGUAUAAGCUUAAUCAUGUGCCGCAUCAUUUGAACAAAAGAGAUAUUGAUCAAAUCUUGGAUGAUUCGUAUUUACACACGUCGCAUUUGAUGGACCUUCAGAAAUUGAGGGGUUCGUCUACAUUAGUAUUGGGGAUGUUAAGUGGUGAAUAUUUGAAGAUGAUAAGCAUAGGUGAUUCUAAAAUAUACAUAAUUCGAAAUGGAGAGAUUAUAAAAACAAAUGAGGAGCAAAUGAUUUCAGACUUGUGUCCAAAACAAAUUGGGACGCAAACCCUCACAUGCUUGCCUUCGGAAAUGGCGUGGGUAGAUUCAAUUAAGCUUAAGCCUAAUGAUAUUGUUUUAGCUUGUUCUGAUGGAAUUUCUGACAAUUUAUAUGAGUGGGAAAUAUUAGAUUACGUUGAUGCGUAUUUAACUGGUAAAAGCAACGAUUUAAAAACGGUAGUAAAUAAGUUAUUACUCAAAGCAAAAGAAAUUGGAUUUGAUGACUAUGCAUUUACACCAUAUAACGAAAAGGUCAAUGCUUUGCCUGAAAAGAAAUAUGGCAAGAAGUGUAGUACAGGCGGUAAGCUCGAUGAUAUGUCAAUAUGUAUCGCAAGAGUUGUUCCCAAUAAGGCAUUAGAAUCAAAAUAG